ACAGGCUGGCAGUUGGCGGGGUGUGGCACUUUUGAAAAAUAACUGGAGGCAUUGCAGCGCAUCGAGAAUGCAGUGACGCAACUAUUCCAUUAUCCCAAGAAGCCAACAACAACCGAAGGAGACGAAGAUUACCUCGAUCGAGCGGAAGGAGAACGACGGGCCAGCUUGGGCGUCGCGUCGCGUCGCGUCGCGGCUUCGCUGAUUUAUUCGCCGGGCGUGCGGAAUGAAAACAGCGCGGCGCGGCAUGAAAGGCGCAGGCAAAUUACCGGAUCGAGCCUGACCGUGUUAAUCGGCUUUUCGCAACGAGUUCUCACCUGGCGGUGGAACGAGUCCCCGUUAAAUUGGGAUUGCCAGGUCGACGAACAAAGCGAACAGAAAGAAAACCCGGAGCAGGAAAAAAGGAAGGAGGCGAUGCGAUGGGAGGAACGGAGACGGCUCGAGCGAUGAGCGGAACCACGCAGCCGCGACUUGCAUCGGGAAUACUUAUUCCGGAAAUCCGGUUUGUCGGAACGAAGCCUUGAAAUUGCCAUCCACUUCUUUGCCGGUCGCGUACCCGACUGCCGCACCCGCGCCCCCGCCAAGAAAAGAUGGGGUAGCAGGAACCCGCCGGUGGCUUUACAUUCAUCUGCUGCGAAAGAAAGUUUAAGCGACUUAUGGAGACACUCUUGAAAUUCACUCCGCGCCGUUCCUUAAGUUUCUAUUUUACCGGCGACAGAGGAAAAAGGACCUAGAAGUGCUCCGGUGACUUCCUCGAAUUUGAUUGAUCGAUACGCGUGCAUCCUCCGUGAGAAGACACCGGCCCUGUCGCCUAAAAUUAUUGUCGAGACUAUAAAUAUAACUAGAACGGUGGGUCCGGGCUGAUCAGGGCCGCGAUCGCGCCAAUAUUAUGCUCCGGCAUAAUAGCGGACUCUUCAAUAAUACUCGACGUUAUUCAGCCGCGACGCGCAUAAAUAUUUCUUAAGCGUACGCGUCCCUUAAGGAGGUAAUAUCCCAAGGGCGAGGACCGUGUCCACGGAAAACCGCCCCGAAGAGAAACUAAUAUCCCGGCGAAUAUCUCAAACAUCGAUUUUAUCUAGAGAAUUCUGGGACGCGUUCCAGUGCGGACGGGGCAUGGCAGUCCACUAGAAAAAUGACGGGAGCGCCCGAUCCUGGGAAAUCCUCUCGCGAUCCGGACCCGUCGAACGACCGUUUUCUACGAGGAUAAUAAAAAUCGACAGUGACUGCGAUCGGGGUGUCGAUUCCCCGACAACGGCCCUCUGUCUUCGCGCGGCGAAAUUUUCCGCGAAAAUGCCGGACCGUGUCCGUGUCCGCGCCCGCGCCCGCGCCCAACAUUCCCGUGUAAACCGUUCGUAAUUUGUCAGCGCUGGACUCGUCCAAUGGAGUGUUUCGAACCGAGACUCGGCUGCACUGGAAAAUCUGAUAACCGGAGAACUGGUGUGGACGUGGUAGGGUCGGCUCGAAUGGAUUCCCACAGAUCUCGAAGAUGGUCGCGAAGAAAACUGUUGAAGAAAGAACUGUCCAACGUCGACGUUGACGUAACGGCUCGGUUAAUAUUCGGGGCUGCGUGAGGUAUGAAUCGGUGCUAAACGGCGGAGAGAACCGGAGAAGGUGCUCGGGAACGUUCCAAUUCGAACAAGUUCGAUUUAUUCGGCGCGAGCUGCACGAAUAACGCGAGACUAGCCGGCGAGGACAGGAACCCGGGGAUAGAUCCAAGGUCCGAGCUUAUCUGUCGAUUUUUCUUCUCGGCCGUCGGUGAUCGAGCCGAGAAAUGCGAACGACCGACUGCGCUAAGAUACCGUUCGACAAAUGUGAGUCAGAGGACAGAACCAGGUGAUCCGGCAGGACGGGAAAAAAGAGGAUGGAGAAGGACAACGCGAGACAUUACAGGGCUUACGAGGGCUUCAAGCCCGCGAAUAAUGGCAAUACGUCGUCCUUGAAGAGGUCCACGUCGGACCGCUCGAAAACGCAUCCAUCGAGACAAGUGAGGUGUCUCUGCUUCGGCGGAGUGCCGGACAAGGCUAGCCAACACUCCUUCCUGAAAGGUUUUAUUAUAAACCUAGGGAUAUGCGCCCUCCUCGUGGGCUAUACUCUGCUAGGUAGCUUUAUCUUCCUCGCCAUUGAAAGCGGCGCCGAGGUUGGGAUACAACAAAGGACACUUGCUACCACAAUAGCGCGGGGCCAACCCACCAGACGGAACUCAACAGCUUGGAUGAAUCAGGUUAAUAACGAGGCCCGAGCGAAGACCGUCGAGAAUAUUUGGAUAAUCACGGAGAGCCUGAACGUUCUUUACCGCGAGAAUUGGACUAGGCUGGCCGCGCAGGAGAUCGCACGUUUUCAGGAUCAACUGGUGAAGAGGAUCACCGACGACAUGAAGGCGACCCAGAAUGUCGGGACCUACGUUGGAAGUUCGGCCAGCGAUCCUGUGACCGAGCGACGUGCCCCAGAGUACGAAUGGAACUUCGCCAAAGCGUUCCUGUAUUCUCUCACGGUGGUGUCUACGAUCGGUUGCGGUAGCAUAGCGCCGAAAUCCACGUGGGGUAAAAUCGCAACCAUGGGUUACGCCAGUCUUGGGAUCCCGUUGAUUGUGGUCUACCUAUCGAGUGCCGGAGGUCUAUUAUCCAGGUGUGCCAGGGGUGUCUUUACCCGUGCACUUUGCUGCUGCCUUUGUUCGAAUUGCGGCUAUUGUUGCUACGAUGAAAGAAGAAUGGAGGAGAAGGAGAGACGAAUGAGAAAGAAAAGGCAACAGGAAGAACUGGCUCAGCAGCAACAGCAAUUGCAGUUACAGGAGCCCUUUUAUGUCCGCGCAAAUGCGUCAACGUUCACGAGCACAGUGGAAAUUAAGGCCAGCCCAAAGGACGAAGUGUCGAGUCUUGGCUCCGGUGACAGGCCAAACGUUACUAUACUCGCACCAAUCAGCAUUUGUCUCAGCGCAAUGCUCUGCUACAUCGUGGCAGGCGCUUUUACUCUGCACAAGUUGGACGACUGGUCCUUUGUGGAUGCAAGCUACUUCUGCUUCAUGAGCCUGAGCACGAUCGGGUUCGGCGAUAUGGUUCCCGGUUCCUACCCCCGUCAAAACCUUUACGAGUCGAGGAACGUAACCAUUUGGUUUUGCUCCUGCUACAUAAUGUCCGGAAUGGCACUCACCGCGAUGUGCUUCAACAUCCUCCAUGACGAGAUCGUCCAUAGACUCAGCCAUCAGGUGGAAAAGCCGGAGCCGAUGAAGGCCAGCCCGAGCGUGGACGAGCUUUCGACGGAUCCUUUCGCGUUGACCUCGUGACAAUUUCCGUCUGGCAACCUGUGCCACAGGAACGGCACCGACGAGAACGACAUAUGCGGAACAGAACCACCUACCAGUCUGUUCGCCCACGAGAACGAAAUCAAUAUCUUGAAGGACUCUUUCAAUCAGGUAGACGUCACUAGAGACUGCAAGCCGAUCUUGAAGCUCGAGGAUCACGUGCCGUCGAUUCCUAGUGUUUACAUGUUGCCGAAAGUCGACGAAGAGGCCGAGGAGAACACCGAGAUGUAAAACUUUACCCUUUCUUGUAGCUCGAACAAGUAUGCUUGAUCUAGGUAACGAUGUGAAAGGUAACCUGGCGGAUAGAAUGACCCUGGGUUAAUAGGUAUAUACUGCACGUAACGCAAGAUAUAUGUAUGUUAAAAAUAGUGGAAUACUCGUUCUAUUAUUAUAAUGGUAUAGCGCGCGCUUCGACGUAUAGUAAAAUCGAUGAAACGUCAUUCGAUUGAAUUCAUCGUCGACGUUGAUUGCAAGAACAAUUUCAGUCGAACGUAGUUGCAGCAUCCGAUGCGUAUCUUUUGACGAAUUCGUCUUUCGGGCCGAAACUUCAUGGGAAAAAAGGACUCUCGUCCUAGAAGGUUAAGGAAUUUAUGAUUUCUCAAUAUUCGUCGAAAUAAUAGAUAUUCGACUAGCGAUCGAUCGACUGUUUUUCGCGUAGAGUUCUUUGCGACUGAACAUUCGCCGCUCCGGAGAAACAAUUUCAAGAUACAAAAGCAAUGUAUUUCUCGCGAAAUUCGAGAAACGCCGGCGCUCUCGAAGAAAGUACGCGAGUAGAAUGUCGUUUCCGAGAUUGACAAGAAAGAGUUUCUUUAUUUUAGCGAGAUGCGAUUUUAAUGAACAUAGUUCGUUUACCAAUGAAUGUUAAACGAGACAAUUUUACUUUUAGGUGAACUUGAGUUUUAUGGUGUGGAGGGUAUUACUUCGUAUAAUAUAAAUAUAGCUAGCAAGUACAUUUAUUUCAGUCAAAAAUGACGGUACCCGUGGAAACCGAGAGCUAAAAAAAAAAGUCUUAUGCAUGCAGUGCUAUUUUACUCAUUUGGUACCGUGUCUGAUAAGUCCAGUAAUGGUACCAUAGAAGAUCCAGCAACAAGUAGGGCAUCUUAAGGUGCACGAAUUCUAUCCUAAAUGCUCUACGAAUUCCCAGAACUGACUGCGAACGUUUCUGCUUUAAUCCUUGGGCUUAAUGAACAUCGUUGCACGCAUCACUUUUUUGUUUGGGAUCGAUGACGAUACGUUUCUCAAAAGUGAGUUCAACAGCCAUUGUAGUUAUCUUUACUCGGAACUCGGAAACGGCAUACUGACUUGCAUAGAAACAGACUCACUGUUUUUACAUGCCUACAUACAUACAUUAAACUUGUAAUUCCAUAUUUAAGCACUCACAAGAAAAAAGGAAACAUUCUUACUUGUAAUAUAACCGAAUGAAUUUUUGCGUCUAGUCCGCGAGAUGGAACAUUUCAACGUAAUAAAAUGCGCGUACGUAUGCGUAUACACGUGUACCAUUGUUUCUCAUAUUCUACACAUCGAUAAUCCUCGUGCAAACGAUUUUAUUCAGAUAUUCUACCACUGCCGUAAACAAAAAAAAAUAAAAGUAUUACCUGCAUGAAUUUUAACGUAUAAGUACCUAUAAAUCUAAAUAUCGUAACGAAUGGAUUUUUGUCGGAGAUGGGACUUAAGUAAGCUUUUAUACCAGUAAUCUGUAAAAGUUCAAUUUUUUAAGGAAACUUCAACUUUUGUACAUAUCUACUUUUAUUAUCGAUUUCUACCGGAAACUUUUUAUAUUCUAUAAAACUUUUAAAACAAUUGUUUGUAUUAUAAGUUCGCGGAUCGCGUAAUAAUAACUUGACCGAUAAUCAAUUAUACAAUUAUGGGAAUGUAACGGGAUUAUUCCUAAUAUAAAUAUUCCACCGGGCCAUCGACUAGACGCAGAAAUUACCUGCGACAAACGAAAUCACAUUCCACUACUGUGCUCAAGAACAAUAACUAAAAUACUGUUAAAAAAUAAGCACUAAUCUUUAAGAAUGUUGCAUAUGAAACUACCCCAUAUUGUUUAAUAUUGAUAUUUGUCAUAGACUACGAGAUUAUGGAGUGCGUAAUUGUAUAGCCUGUUACAGUUAGCUGUAAAAUACAGUUGUCCUCGUCGAGUACAAUGCAGAUCACAUAAAUUGCAGAGAACUUGCGUGACGUUCCUUUGUUAAAUUGUAACAACACCAUUGUAAUUGAUUCCCUGCAGUCGCACUUACGUGUACUUUUCGUUAACCCCUGCACGGCGUACCGUCUGACAACCGACAGCGGGACGGUACUAGGUAGAAAGCGGAUAACUUGAGACGCCUUGCGACACUCGUCUGUUUGUAAACACGGAUCCGAGUGAACCCUGAAUCCGCCAGGCGUGGGUUAACUUUCCUUCUCUUCGUCAACAACUUUUCAAAUACUAUUUAGACGAAACGAAGAAUGUUCGUUUAAUUGCUGGUAUUUUUACUACAGCAAAAUCCAAUAACAGACACCGUUCACGUAAUGCAAACAGCAACUUAUAAAGUUUUCAUUCGCAAUCGAUAAGCUUUACGAAAUAAACGAACAUUUUCGAAGCGAUAUUCGUUUAUUUUUGUAAAUUUGUUCGUAUUACACAGAAAUCGGACUGGAAUAUAUUGCCAAAUUCGGAGUAACACCUCGAAAUAUAUGUCAAUGAAAAUAUGACUUUUAUACGUCAAUUGUUUUUUUGUAUGCUCGUUCUCAUUCUUCGGCGACGCAAUAAAAAUUGGAUACCAGCUAUUCUAUAUUGAAUUGAAACAAAUCUAUCUCUUUAUCAAUAAAGGAUAAAUGACUAUCCCGAAAA